CGGCCGCGCUUCAGGCAGCCCGCCCUCAGAGCUGCAGCCAGGCGCGUGGUGCUGCGGCCCCUCUGCAGUUUGCAAGUUGGUGAGUGUCUGCACAGUUUGCAAGCUGGUCUUUGGCAAAAUGGCUGAGACCUGCAAAAUGGAAUACACAGUGAUAGACAGCCCGCUGGGGAAGAUCGAGCUGUCCGGCUGUGAGCUAGGCCUGCAUCGGAUAAGGCUCCCCAGCAGGAAGACCCCUGGCACUGACCCCGAAGAGACCACAGACACUCCUGAGGUGCUCAGCAGGCCAGAGGGCAUGCCAGAGGCCCUGGUGCAGUGUACGGCCUGGCUGGAUGCCUACUUCCGUGAACCCACAGCCACAGAGAGGCUCCCUUUGCCUGCUCUCCACCACCCCGUGUUCCAGCAAGACUCAUUCUCCAGACAGGUGUUAUGGAAGCUGCUGAAGGUUGUGAAAUUCGGAGAAAUGAUUUCUUACCAGCAAUUAGCAGCCCUGGCAGGCAACCACAAAGCGGCUCGUGCGGUGGGAGGAGCGAUGAGAAGCAAUCCGGUCCCCAUCCUCAUCCCCUGCCACAGAGUGAUCUGCAGCGACGGUACACUGGGCCACUACUCCGGAGGAGGACAGCCUGUGAAGGAGUGGCUUCUGGCCCACGAGGGUAUCCAGGUGGAGCAGCCAGCUUGCAAGGAGUUGGGUCUGGCCAGGCCCUGGCUCAGGGCAGCCCGUGGCUCCACCAGCUCCAAGCCUGCUGGCCGAAAAUGAGUGUUUGUAUUUGGAGUAAACAUCUGAGUGACACCUAGACGUAACGGGGCGUCGGAAGCCAAUGUGUGGUGGUGCCACUAUAUUAAAAGAGCCAGAUGUGUCCUGGGGGACGUGA